AUGUCUGAAAAAUGCGUUGUUGAUAAAUGUAGACGCAGAUCACGAGCAUUAUGUAAAUGUUGUAAACAAGAUCUUUGUUAUCAACAUUUAUGGGAACAUAAUGAUUUAAUUAUUUCUCAAUUAAAAUUAUUAAAAAACGAAAUUCAUGAAGUUAAUUAUCGAUUUAAAACAGUUAAUAUUCAGGAAGUAAUUAAAAACUUUCAUCAACAGAUAAAACAAUGGCGAAUUGAUUGUUAUGUAAUAAUUGAUCGUUUGCAUGAUCAAAAAUGUCAAGAAUUUGAUGGAUAUAUUAAUGAAAUAGUCGGAAAACAACAUGAACAUAUUGAUCAAUUACAAAAACGUAUCGAUGAAUUUAUUGAAAUUGAAGAUGGAAAUCAACAAGAAAUCAAAUUAAUCAAAUCAAAUAUUUAUGAUCUUAAGAAAAAAAAUGAUAAGAUUGAAAACGCGAUUUUUCCAAUUACAAUUUUACCAUUAGCCGUUGACGAACAUUUAAUUCAAAUCAAUUAUUAA